CUGGAAUUAAUGAGAGUACAGUAUCAACUAUUAAGCGACUACGAUGCUCUCUCAAGUACGAGUAGCGACCCGAUCAAAAGCUUCCCUCGUGCCUACGCCGUGGGUUGUUUCAAACUGCUCAGGGACAUGUCUUCACCGAUUCUCGCGAGCCCUUGAUGUUAGGCAUUCUUCGAAGCGUUUCAUAUCGGCCACCCCUCAGCACCGGAUCAAAGAAUAUUUCCCACCUCCACAGUCACCAGGUGUCAAGCAAGUCAUUUCAGUAUGGUCACACCCAGUAUACACGGAACAGCAGAUGCGCGACAUUCAGGUUGCUCAUCGAGAGGCCAAGGACUGGUCUGACUGGGUGGCUCUUGGAACCGUUCGCUUCUUUCGAUGGUGUGUGGACUCUGUAACUGGCUACAAGCAUCCGAAACCAGGCGAAGCCCUACCAGCUCGCUUCAAGAUGACGGAGAAGAAAUGGUUAACUCGGUUUAUCUUUCUUGAAAGCAUAGCGGGUGUGCCUGGCAUGGUGGGCGGAAUGCUGCGGCAUCUGCACAGCCUCCGACGGAUGAAGCGAGACAAUGGCUGGAUUGAAACACAGUUAGAAGAAGCAUUUAACGAACGUAUGCACCUUCUUACGUUCCUCAAGUUAGCCGAACCAGGUUGGUUCAUGCGCUUCAUGGUGAUAGGGGCCCAAGGCGUGUUUUUGAAUGGAUUCAUUCUUUCUUACCUUAUCUCUCCCCGGACCUGCCACCGAUUCGUGGGCUACCUCGAAGAGGAAGCCGUUAUCACGUACAGCCGGGCCAUUGAAGAGAUUGAGGCAGGUAAACUCCCCGAGUGGAACAAUUUGACCGCCCCCGAGAUCGCGGUGCAGUAUUGGAAGAUUCCCGAAGGCCAUCGCACAAUGCGCGAUCUGAUCCUGUACAUUCGUGCAGAUGAGGCCAAGCACCGUGAGGUGAACCACACCUUGUCCAACUUGAACCAAAGAACCGAUCCCAAUCCCUAUCAGAUCGAAUAUGCCGAUCCGAGCAAACCACAUCCUACCAAAUCCCUUCAGAAUCUGCAGCCGACGGGUUGGGACAAGAGUGAUGUAUUUAAGUGAAAAUACUUCAAUGAUCAUUGGGAAAGAAUCGCGACCACGGAUAUAUGUCAGAUAUAGGCGUUAUCCCAUGUAUUGUGUGUCUUGGACUUCUUUGAUACACCCCCUUUGGCCUCGAGGUAAAAAUCAACCAGAAUGGCUGUAGCAGCUUUAUAGAUGAUAGGUCUGGGAUGUUUUCACACAGAAGGGUAUGCUGAUAUAUAGAUAAUGAACUACCGUUUU